GUUUUAGCUUCUUGUUAUGUUAGGGCGAUAGCUUCAUUCACUCUCCUCCGUCUUUCAACUUCUACGCUGCCUCUCAAAGUUCUGGAACCAAAGUGUUUGUUGUGUAGGUAAGUGAAUCGUGGUGAUCGAGAAUGGUGGAGAAGGCGAAGGGUAGGAAGGAGGAGGUGGUUACCAGAGAGUACACCAUCAAUCUCCAUAAGCGCCUGCAUGGCUGCACAUUCAAGAAGAAGGCUCCCAAUGCCAUUAAGGAGAUAAGGAAGUUUGCCCAAAAAGCCAUGGGGACCAAUGACGUGAGAGUAGAUGUGAAGUUGAACAAAUUUGUCUGGAGCCAGGGUAUCCGAAGUGUCCCAAGGAGGAUUAGGGUACGCAUUGCUCGCAAGAGGAACGAUGAUGAAGAUGCAAAGGAAGAGCUGUACUCACUGGUCACUGUUGUUGAAAUCCCCAAGGAAGAGAUCAAGGGGUUGGGCACCAAGGUCAUUGAAGAUGAGGAUUGAUUCUUCAUUUCUGUUUGAAACCCAGGGACACAUGUAGUUUUUUAUUGUCUUUUGCAAUCAAAUUUUGCCUUUUCUAGAUUUUUCCAAUUAAUUCUGAUGUUGCUGAGACGUGGUUUGAAGUUUUAUGAUGAUGGUACUUUAGUAUUUUAUUGCAA